AGAGAGAGAGAGAGAGAGAGACUGACUGACUGACUGUGUGUAUGUGUGUAUAUGCAGGAGAGAGUGGGGAGGUUUGGCUGAUAGGGAUUGCUGUUGAGUUGGUAUUUUGGCUGAGCUGAAUGUAGAGUGAACACUUUGAGCGUCCACACACACACACACACACACACACACACACACAGAAGCUUCCCGAGCUUGACGCAGAGCCUGAGCCAUGCCUCUGACCCCUGGAGAGCUUCUGUCGGGCUCCAUGUUAAUCCUGCUGUUGGUCGCCAGCUCCUCCGAGUUGUCCUUGUCGCCUGAGGAAGCUAGCCAGUUUUUAAGGAGACACCGGAGAGCCAACCAGGUUUUUGAGGAAACCAAACAAGGGCAUUUGGAGAGGGAGUGUGUGGAGGAGAGGUGCACCAAAGAGGAGGCGAGAGAAGUGUUCGAAAACGACCCAGAAACGGACUAUUUCUACCCCAAGUAUUUGGGAUGCCUGGAUAAAUUUGCAGACAAGAAGAAGGAAGACCUGGUCACCUGCGUCCACAACAUUCCAGACCAGUGCUCCCCCAAUCCUUGUCAUCACAUAGGGACAGUACGCUGUGAGGACAAAAAGGGCGAAUUCCAGUGCCACUGCUUCACAGGGUGGACUGGCCUCAAGUGUGAGAAGGAUGUAAAUGAAUGCAGUAAAGAUAAUGGGAACUGUGAUCACGAGUGCAGUAAUUCGGUGGGAAGUUACCACUGUUCCUGUCACCAUGGUUACAGGCUAUCCGGCCACCACCGCUGUCAGGACAUUGACGAGUGCACAGACGUUCCUGGUGUGUGUGGCACUGCGCAGUGCAGGAACCUUAUAGGGUCCUACGAGUGCCUCUGUGACGUUGGCUACGUCUAUAAUAAUGAGACCAAGACCUGCGAGGACGUGGAUGAAUGUGAGUCACCUGUGUGUGAGGAGCAGUGUGUCAACACGCCCGGGAGUUUCCGUUGCUACUGUGACGGAAGACAGGCCAGGAAGCUCGGCCAUGACCUGAGUAGCUGUGAGCAUAUCGAGCCUUGUCUGGAAUUGAACAUGAAUCGAAACGCUCGCUCUCUGUACCUGGGACGCAUGUUCAGUGGAGUUCCUGUGGUCAAGCUACGCUUCAGACGCCUAGUUCAGACUGGCUUCACAGCAGAGUUUGACCUGAGGACAUAUGACUCUGAAGGAGUUAUCUUCUUCGCUGGUGGUCACUUAAACAGCUCCUGGAUCGUACUGGCAAUCCACAAUGGGAAACUGGAGCUGCAGCUGAAAUACGGAGCUGUGAGCCGGGUGACCAGCAGCGGCCCUUUGGUUAAUGAUGGGCAGUGGCACAAGAUCUCAGUCGAAGAACAGGGCCGAAGCCUUGUGAUAAAGAUUGACAGGGAGGCAGUGAUGAAGAUUGCAGUGAACGGAGAUCUUUUUACUCUGAAGAAAGGCAUACAUGAGCUCAACCUAACUGUGGGAGGAGUUCCCUUCAAAGAGGAUGGACUGCUUAAUAAGUUGAACCCACGUCUAGACGGUUGUAUGAAAGAGUGGCACUGGUUGACCGAUGAAGACGCGUCCAUCCAGGAGACCAUUCGACAUAACGAACGCAUGCAGUGCUACUCCACUGAGGAUCACAGCUCCUUUUUCCCAGGCCAUGGGUUCGCCUACUUCAAUCACAGCCAUGGUGAUACGCAGGUGCUCAGUGUGCAGCUGACCAUACGGCCUGCCUCGACAAUAGGAGUUCUGUUUGCACUCGUUCGACAGGAUACUGUGCCUCUUUCCAUCUCCUUUUCUGACUACCAUUCUGGAACGAAGCAGUGGGCAGAGUAUAUAGUAGUGUCCUUUGGCAACGUUAUCGUGGCCAGUGCUGCAGUCCACCUGUGUGACUGGAAGACGCACACCGUGAACGUGACUGUGGCAGGAAACAGCACCACGUUGGAGGUGGAUGGGAUGCUGGGCCUCACUGAAUCCGUGCAGGGUUUGGAACCCCUGGACCUCUCGUACUCGUAUAGCACAUUUAUUGGAGGCAUUCCAGAUGUUUCUCUGGUGUCUACGCCGGUGUCUGCUUUCUACACGGGCUGCAUGGACGUUCGAGUCAACGGCCGUCCGUUAGACAUGGAUGAGGCCCAACACAAGCACAACGACGUCCGCUCUCACGCCUGCCCUCUAGUGGGGCCUCACCAGUGAAAAACAAAAGGUUAGCUGGACCAAUCGGAGAACCUGCCAGGGCAACAUCGCUCGGCCCUAGCUUAAGCUUAGCCCUGCAACCAAAUGCCUUUAAAAAAAAAAAAAAAGAGAACGUUUGAGUAAAAUUGAAUUUUAGUUCAAGAGUAAACUUAAUUUGUCUCUUUAGGACUGGCUGAUAACGGCCUUACCGAGCCAAAUCAUCUACAUUGUGCAAAAAAAAAAAACACCAUACACUCCUCCAGGUAAAAAACACACACUUACAUUUCAAUCCUGAGUUUUAUUCUGACAGAUUCAUUGCAUACUCAUGCCUCCAAUAGUACAUAAUGAAUACACAAUCACAGGCACUGUAACUUGUAUAAUUUAUAUUCUACUCGUUGAGAAAUGGGAGGUGUACACUUAUAUUAGACAUCUGAAAAAGCACUGCGCCACAACACAAGCUACUGAGAGAGAGAGAGAGAGAGCUGUACCAUAGUGUAUAUGUAAAUACGUGACUGUACAAUGCUUUUUAAACAAAAGACAGAUAUUCUGCUACCUUUAUUUCUAGAAUGAAAGGCCUUCAUAUGUCACCAAAGGCUGAGUAGGUGCUCAAAGUCAGAAUUGUUUUAUAAUUGUUUUGUCAUUCCUUAUAUGUUUAAGUAUUUGGGUUUUUUAAUCAACUGUAUUGUACUUGAUUUUUUUGUGUGUUUUGUUUUUGUAAUUCUCUUAUGUUAGUCCUUGGUGCACUUAGUACUGAGGAAAUCUUCAGUCUGCUCUGUCUGACUGGAGGCUGAGUGCUGUUAACACAAAAAUAAAGGUGGUUGUAAUAAGA